AUGGUUGCAGCCACCCUUUCCACCUCCUUUUCCCAGACGUCUUCCGCGAUAGCAGUCAUCGUCCCCACGAAACCCAAUGCUUUGACCGUCUCUUUCAAGCAACUCGCCCAAGAUGUCUUGGUCUUUCAGAAGCAACUUGCUCAGCUGGGCAUCCGAGAAUCCGACGCCGUCUCAAUAGCCUUGCCCAACAGCUACGAGUUCAUCGUUUCAUUUCUGGCAACCUCCUUUCAGCGAGCAAUUGCCGCCCCUCUGAAUCCCACCUACAAGCAAAGCGAGUUCGAAUUCUACAUUGAAGAUCUGUCUUCCGCCGUCAUCAUAUUGCCUCGUGGGGCGUUUGCCAGGGACGGACCUGCGGUCAAGGCUGCCAGGAAAUAUCAUGCUGCCAUUGCGGAAUGUUACGUGGAUGGGACGAAGUUGAUCCUGGAUGUGAAAGAGCAGGGCAAACUGGCACAGCGACAAUCUCAACCGGUUGCUCGAGCUGAGCCAGAAGAUGUCGCACUGGUGCUGCACACCAGCGGGACCACCGGCCGCCCAAAAGCUGUCCCAUUGACUCAUCGCAACCUGACGAGAACAAUGCAGAACAUCCAAAACACCUACGAACUCACUGCUCAAGAUCGGACGAUGUUGGUCAUGCCUCUCUUCCACGUUCACGGUCUUCUAGCUGGUUUUCUAGCCCCUCUGGGUGCCGGGGGGUCUGUCAUUGUCCCCGACCAUUUCUCUGCACGAUCCUUUUGGGUCGACUUUAUUCAGCACAAAGCCAACUGGUACACGGCCGUGCCGACGAUCCAUCAGAUUUUGUUGAAGAACCCUCGGCCUAAUCCGAUGCCCAGCAUCAGGUUUAUCCGCUCAUGCUCGUCUGCACUGUCCCCGAAAACUUUCCAGGAGCUGGAACGGACGUAUCGAGCGCCAGUCCUUGAGGCCUAUGCCAUGACGGAAGCCGCCCACCAGAUGUGCUCCAACCAGCUCCCACACCGCGGAAAGCGAAAGCCCGGCAGUGUGGGAAUCGGCCAGGGGGUCGAAGUUAGGAUUCUCGAUGAGCAAGGCGAUGAGUUGCCGCAAGGUCAGGAGGGCGAAAUCUGCAUCAGGGGUGAGAACGUCACAAAGGGCUACAUCAACAACGAGAAGGCCACCAGAGAAGCAUUCACUAAAGGGGGAUUUUUCCGCACCGGCGACCAGGGUAAAAAAGACGAAGACGGCUAUGUCUUCAUCACGGGAAGGAUCAAAGAGCUAAUCAACAGGGGGGGUGAGAAGAUCAGCCCGAUCGAGUUGGACCAUGUCAUUUCCGCCAACCCAGACGUGGCAGAAGGGGUGACAUUUGCCAUUCCUUCAGAGCUGUAUGGCCAAGAAGUUGGAGUGGCCCUUGUCCCCAAGCCUGGCAAGGUGGUCACUGAGAAGGCCAUCACCGAUUACGUUGCCAGCAAGACGGCCAAGUUCAAAACGCCGAGCAAGGUUUGA